GGUGUUCCUAACGUUUGGUAUACUCAAUGUAUGUCUUUAGGGCAUUGGUAUUUGUAGAAAAUGAAAUGAAAAAUCUACAAAUAAUAUAAGUUAGGUGUUGUUCUUUAAUAAAGAGGAACACUUUGUCAAAGAAUCUGUCAUUAAGUUGUGAGUGAAUUUCAAAUGACUCCUCGUCUUGUCUCUUGUCUGUUCUGUAGGUAUUUAUCUCGCUCACACUCUCCACCUUCCCCUUGCCUCAGCUCUGUCAUGCCUCGCUCAUUCCUGGUCAAGAGUAAGAGACCAGGGUCUCAUCCCCCUUGCUUCUCUAAAGGCACCAAACACACAAACCCUGACCAGCCACAACCUCAUACAAAUCAUCACGACAGGCAGAACAGGGCGUGGCAGGAAGUAAGGUCCCCACAUCAGAGCCCCUUCCAGGAGGCCCAGGACAACCUGUGCUCAGGGUCAGAGGUCAAAGACACCCUGGACUACCCCUGCCCUAGCUGGGACACCAUGGCAACCAGACCACACAGCACCUCGCCAGCUGACCUCUGGACCAGCUGGUCUGCAGAAACCCCAGGGUAUGAUGGUGUGGAGCCUUCCGAGUCUGCCCUGCUCUGGUCCCUACAAUGGCCCCGGGGCCCUGACAGAGAGAGGGAGCUGGAGAAACUGGUCCAUGUCUUACUGAGCCACAGGCCACAUAUGGACCACAACUCCACCAGCCCAUGCCCCCUCUGUGAAAAGGUCUUGUCCUCAGGAGCUGUACUGAAGACUCAUUUACACAGGUCACAUGACAACGUGCAUGCAGUCCCAUUGGCCACGUCAGCCAAAGCCAGAGAGCACCCCUACAGGUUCAGACAAGCUCUGGGCAUGUACGGAAGACCAAAGGAGCGUAGCUAUAGCUGUAAGGUUUGUGGGAAGGUGUUCAAGCGCUCCUCCACCCUGACCACCCACCUGCUCAUCCACUCUGACACCAGGCCCUACCCCUGCCAGUACUGUGGCAAGAGGUUCCACCAGAAGUCUGACAUGAAGAAACACACCUUCAUACACACAGGUGAGAAGCCCCACGUAUGCCAGGUGUGUGGCAAGGCCUUCAGCCAGAGCUCCAACCUCAUCACCCACAGCCGUAAGCACAGCAGCUACAGGCCCUUCAGCUGCACACACUGCCAACGCAGCUUCCAGCGCAGACUGGACCUACAGCACCACCAGGAGACCCAGUGUAUCUACAGCAGCAUGUACUCACAGAGCUGAGGCAUAAUGGACAUUUAGUAUUACACAAGUACUGUAUGUAGCACAAGAAUGAGUGCUUUGUAUAGAGAUUGUUGACCGGUAUUUGCAGUUUUGUGUUUAAAUAGUACUUUGAUCAGUGAUUGAGGCUAAGCACAUGACUUGUGUUCAAGUUAUUUGGGCAUUUGUUUUUGUGGAUUUGCUUUCGCUCGCUGCUUUUCAGGUUGACCCUUUGGAUAGUGCCUUGAAGGGAAGAGGUUCCUGUACCUGAUCACUUUGUUAACAUCUCUAGCAAUGCCAUAUACUGUCUAGUGUAUGGGCUGGAUUCAAUCCAUAGCACAGAAUAUCAACGUUGUAGCGCGGUUUAAAUUUAAAGGUAACUUUCGAUUGAGCCGACAUACAGUAUGCAGCGUUUACCGUGAAUGUUGUCUCCACCAACGCAGAAACGGUGCCUUUAAAUUUCAAUCACACUUUUAACACCGAACUUUAGCGCUACGGAUUUAAUCCAGCCCUUAAGGCUCUAGUCUUUACUGUGCUGUAUGUCUAAAAAAGACACCGUAUUAAAAAAAGGUGGUUUGUAGCGUGACUAAGCAAACCCCUAUUUCCCACUGUAAUUGGCCAUUUUCCUCAGAGAGUGGUGCAAUUGUAGCUCCCAUUGUUGAUGUAUGAAUGAAGCUGCCAUUUUCACUUCACUGAGGCAGCCCACCCAAGGGGAUAAUUUACAUUCAGGUCAUGGGGAACAUGUGAAAAAUAACGUCUUUGACUGCUGUAUGAGUAGAGAGAGACUAUGAUUAUGUUGAAAUCAUGCUCCACAAUUAUGGCGAGACAACGUGACUGUAUAUUUUCAGUGUCUCAGGCUGGUCAGCAUGAGUAUAUAUA